AUGGCACCAAGAAGCCGAGUUCAGGUUGUCCACAAUCAUUUGAAAGGUAAAAAGUGUAUACUAAUUCUGGAUGAUGUUUGGGGACCAGAUGUGUGGUUUAAGAUCAAAGAUGUGUUUCCAUCUGAUUGUGUUGAACCACUACAAGAACACCUUUCGUUGGAAUUGUUUUGCAAGGAAGCAUUCUGGAAAAUUGACAGCAGAGAAUGCCCAUCUGAGCUAAGGCAUUUUGGUCAAAAGUUUGUAGAAAAGAGUAAUGGCUUGCCCAUUGCUAUUGCCUGCAUAGCUCGCCUACUAUCCUGCAGACACCCUACCUAUUCUGAAUGGGAGAAUGUUAGCUUAGAGGACCUUCCAAAUGACUUGAAGAAUUGUUUUCUGCACUGUGCAUUGUUCCCAGAAGAUUAUUUAAUUAAGAGAAAGAGAGUAAUCUGGCACUGGAUAAGUGCUGGAUUCAUCAGGGAGAAGGAGAACAGAACACUGGAGGAAGUGGCAGAUGGGUACUUGAAUGAUCUUGUAAACCGAAGCCUACUACAGGUAAUCGAGAAAAAUGAAGAUGGACGAGUACAAUGUUGCCGGAUGCAUGAUGUUAUUCAUCUUCUGGCCCUCCACAAAGCAGACAAAGAAUGCUUUGGCAAGAUUUAUGAUGGGCUGAAAGAAAUUUCUGUAGAUGGCACACGUCAAUUAUCAAUACAAUGCUCCAACAUCAAACAAUUGAGUGUAUCUGGUCCAACGCAGCAUCUCCGUGAAAUUCAUGUUUCUAGCAAUUUGCAUGGUGCUCAUAUCAGGGUGUUACCUACCGAGGUCUUCAACUUGUUUAAUCUGCGGCUUUUGGGUCUUGGAGAUACUGGUGUUGAAAUUCUACAGAAGGAAAUUGGAAGACUGCAGAACUUAGAAGUACUGGACGCUUUCACAAGCAUACCGGCCAUUACUGAAGCUGAAGCUUUGAUUCAGUUGAGAACAUUUGGUAUCAGCAGUGUGAGAAGUGAGCACUCAAGAUACUUAUGCAGCGCUGUUAUGAAAAUGAGCCAUCUUGUCUAUUUGUCAAUCACAGUAUCUGAUGAAAACGAAACACUAAAAUUUAAAGAGCUUCAGUCACCUCAAUCUCUAUGUGAGCUGCGUUUGGAAGGCCAGCUGGAAAAGAAAUCUAUGCCUCCGUUUCUGUCAUCCUGGUCACACCUCAAGAAUGUCACAAAACUGCAUCUGAAAUUCUCCAGACUUGACCAAGGUUCCUUCUCCAAUCUCACGGUGCUGCGAGGUUUAUACUGGCUUGAUCUUGCUAAGGCUUUUGAAGGGAAAGAAUUGCAAUUAUAUGCAGGAUCAUUUCCGAAGCUGCGAUAUCUGGCAAUAUGGGAUGCUCCACAUCUCCAACGAGCAGAAAUAGAAAAAGGUUUCUGA